GCAUCCACGCCGAGACGGCGUCGUUGAAGAUGGAGGAAUGGGGUGUUUAAGAGCCAGUGGGAUUCCAAAAGAUAUCUGAAGCAUGCCAGGAUACCCCUCCCAAAGUGUUAAACGAGCCAGUGGGUGAUUGAAAUGAAGGACGAUGGAUGCCCCCACCGCAAAUCAGAGUGAAACACCUCAUCAAUGGACCGGCCACAACGGGUGGACCACAGCUUUAACUCAAGAAACCCCCUACAACCCUCUACCCAGCUUUCAGCAUCUCAGCCUGGGACCCAGCCAGAGACCUCCAUGUGUUAACCUUCAGCCAUUGAACCAGCCCCCACCGUCUCAGCAUCACGCUAUAUCAAAUGCACUCCAACCACCAUAUGAAGAAGCUCUUCCAAAUAGAUCAACAUCGAUUGGACAUUGCGUGAACCAGGGCCCACCAAGCACAACUCAGGCCGCUUUUGGGAAUGAACAUGCGGAAUCUCCUCCACUCCCUUCUCCCCCUCUGGCUGGUGGUACUGGAUAUAACCCCAGCCACAUUUCCCCCACCUCUCUUAUCAAACAACAACCUCAGUGGACACUUCCACCAAACUACAGUGGUGUCGUUUCUGAGUCUUUUCCUUACAAAGAGUCAAAGCAGGAUGGGGACAUGAUACCGUCACCCAACUCUGAGUCUCGCUAUGGCCUGGACCCCAAGCUCCUGCCCAGCGCUGCGAAGGUCAUAGAGGAGGACAGGUCAGAGUGGGAGGGCAGGGUCUUUGUGUCGGAGCCCGGCUCCCCCCUCCCUCCUCUGGCAACCACUUCCUGUAUUAUAGAGGAUAGAGGUAAUGCGAGUCCCUGUUUUCUGCGGUCCACGUCCUACUGUGUGCCGUGUGAGGGCCAGGCCGCCUCGCUCAGCCACCUGCCCUUAGGAGCACUGGCCACCCCCUUGGCAAGACCGGCCGCCGGACAGCGCCCCCUGCCGACUUGCUGUGAGGGGGCUUGUCUGCAGGGCUGUGGAGAGUGUGGGGCCCCCAUGUGUCCUGCUAUGGGCUGGCAGGACUGUGGCCAGAGAUUCUUCUGUCCCUUCUGUGGCAAACUUAGUGAAGUGCCAUGGCAACACUACCAGCCCACCGAAGGAGUGGAGGGAGUGAGGGUUGACAGAGACAUAAGGCCUGAACUCAGCAUGGGCUCCUACGAGAUACUUCACUCUCAGAAGGAUGAGCCCACCGUGUUGCUCCUGGCCAUCGAUGUGUCAGCCUCGGCGCUGAGAGGAGGACAUCUCGACCUCGUAACACAACAGAUACACAACCUCCUCACCUCUCUGAAGAGGAAGGAUGGCGCUGCCCAGUCAGACAUCCGGGUCGGUCUGAUGACUUACGACAGCAGGAUCCACCUCUACGACCUCAGCCUGGCCUUGUCCCGCCCACAUAUGCUUGUCAUCACGGAGACUGAGGACCUGCAGCUUCCCGUCAGGGAGGGCCUUCUGGUGUCCCUCAGCGACUGUAUAGACAGCAUUAAAAGUGUGUUGCAGCUUAUCCCAGUGUUCAGUCCAGAUGGGGAUGAUUCUGGUAGCGUUCACAUGGAGCUGCCAGUCAAAACAGCAUUGGCCAUCCUGCAGGCACUGAAUUGUUCAGGCAAGCUUUUAGUCUUCCAUACUGCCCCUCUGACAGAAGGGGCGCACACACACAGCUCCUCCGGGCUCUUUGGCUCCAACAAAUCCAAGUCGAUCUUUCAGCCAUCAGAGCUCGCCGUCUCAUUGGCCAAGGAAUGUGUCCGUCAGGGCUGCGGCGUGCACCUAUUCGUCCUGUCCCAGCAAGAUGUGGGCGGGGCUUGGCCCGGGCAUGUUCCGUAUCUUACAGGUGGAGCGCUGUACAGCUACAACCACCUCCAGGGGGAGAUGGACAGGGAGCGAUUCUCCACUGACCUGAGGAGGACCGUGGAGACAGAGACCGGCUACAAGGCUCAGAUCAGCAUUUAUGUUAGCAAAGACUUGCGUGUAUGUGGCUGUUAUGGCUUGUUCAUCCCGGGUCCCAGUCCCAGUCGUGUCACUCUGGCCACCCUGGAUGGGCAGACAACGCUGACUGUAGAGCUCACACACACCAGAGCUCUGUGUGAGACGAAGGGUGCAGCGAUACAGGUGGUAAUGACCUACAGCGGUCCAACAGGAGACAGGAGGACCAGAGUUCACACAUUGAUGCUGCGCUGCUCACCCCACCUGCUGGACAACUUCCGCCACUGCCAGGCUCAAACGCUGCUCACCUUCUACUGCAAGAAACUGUACUGUGCAGCACUGGAGCGCCCUCUACAGGACCUGAGAGAGGAACUGCAGACGGAGGUGACGCAGGCGUUGGCUUGCUAUCGCAAACACUGCAGCUCUGCCUCAGUUUCUACAGGACAGCUGGUCCUACCACAGUACUUGCGUGCCCUCCCGGUCUACAUCAACAGCCUGAGGAAGAGCGAGGUGCUGCUGCCGGGCCUGCGGAGCUCUGUCCACCAGCGGCUUCAGCUGCGUUGCCAGGUGCUCUCCAUGGACACCGGGACAACUGCCUGCCACUUCUACCCCCUGCUGCUGCCACUGCCACUGUCACUUGGCAUCUCGACCAAUGCUGAGCCUCCUGGCCUUCUGCCGGCGCUGCGCUGCAGUGCCGCUAGCCUGGAACCUGGGGGUCUCUACCUAGUCAGCGGACCCCUGGCCCUGCUGAUUUGGGUGGGCAGCCAUGUACCUGCACACACCCUGGUCCAGCUGUUCAAUACCAGCUGCUUCUCAUCUCUGCCCUCCGGAGAGACCAAACUUCCUGCGCUGGACAGCGCUUUGUCAACCAGUAUCCGAUCCCUCAUUAACAGGCUCAGCAGCCAGGUACCCUGCACGCGCAAGCUGUGGGUGGUGAAACAGGGGGACAGCUGUGAGGAGGCCCUGCAGCGCCAGCUUGUGGAAGACAAGAGUCCCAAUGGGGGAGCAUCCUAUGCUGACUUCCUCUACCACGUGCAUGUCAACUCUGUCAGGCUGGCGCAGUGACCCACGUGACCUCCCGUUUCCACACACACACACACACACACACACACACACACAGGUGUGGCAUUCUCAAAAGAACCGGAAGUGGCUCUACCUAAACUCGCCAUUAUUCCAUUCAUUUUCUUAACCCAUUUAACUGCUUUUCGGGGUCACAGAGGAUAGCAGCGUAUCCCAUCGUACUUUGGGGUUACGAUACGCAGGGAGACCUUGGACAAGUUGCAAGAUCAUGACAUUUAUGCUUAACGGCAGCCGUUCGCCCCUCAUUCACCCGGCGUCCCGCCUCUGGACCGUAAACACCGGAGAACAUGGAGGAGCGCCACACAAACACAGAGAGAACAUGUAAAUUCUGUAUGAAAGAGGCAAGGUCGAACCCGGGACUCUGUCAUGUGCCGAUGCUAACCGCUACAUGAAAUAUUCCUGCACCCUCAACAUCUGGGCUACGAGUGGCCAGUAGUUUGCACGUCAGGCGAUGCAUGGAGACAUUUUACGCAACGCAAACUCUGAAUUGGACUGUUACACGCUGCUUUUUUUCCCUUACCCUUACUCUGACAAGUCCCGCCUCCUGCACCAGGACGCCGCCUGCUGAUUGGACAGUUGAGAAGAGGUUGAGUUUAACGCCCUUAAAAGGGUUAAAUUGAGGCGUGUCUCUUGAGGCGGUUACAUGUAAGGUGAGGAGUAGAAAUGGGUGGAGGCAUCAAGGGGCGGGGUUUGUCAGAAUACGACAGGCGGAGGGAAAGAACUAUGAACAAUACUGAGACGACUACCGUUACACUUAUCUGGCAGUGUGUUGUGUAUUCCAGCCCACUAGAGCUGGUAGGUCUAGCAAAGAGCUGAAGUCCAGUAUUUGACCAUGUGUGUAUUUAUUUACCCGUCAUGGCAACUCUAAUCCCAGCUGGAGAUGCACUACCUGCUGAGUGUGUAUGCAUGUGUGCAUUAUUUUGUGGGACGGGUGUGUUGUGUGAGUAGUGUGUAUGUAAGGUUAUGUGUAUAUUCAGUAAUCCACUGAUCAAAAUAAAAACCUAAAUUA